AUGAGUAAUGACAUGAUUUCGUUCUCUCUUGUAAUUCUGAAGCAGCUGCCCUCAUUCUUCUUGUCACAUUUCACGGAACACAGACUACUUGUAUCCUUUCAAGCAUCAGGAGGAUGUGCAACUGCAGUCCACUGCACAAACAACUUUGAUGAACACAACUAUGCCAUCAAGAAGAUUUCUAUUGGUGAAGUGUUUGUAGAUGACCCUAACUCACAAACUAGCUACCAGCCAUGCAUGUCUGAUAAGGCAUUCUUUGUUUUGGUUCAGUCCUGGACUGAAAGCAAAUACUGUGGUUUGGUUGAUGAAGGUCGAGACAUGGGUCUAGUAGAAAUAAACAAUUCAUGCUUGUACAUCCAACUGGAACUGUGUGACAGAGCAUUGAAAACAAAACUAGUGCUAGGUGAAGACUGCAAGGAAAACUGGAUGACCAGAGAGGACUGUGGAAAGACUUUUCGAGAUGUUGUGCAUGGUCUGGAAUAUAUCCAUGGUAAAAGUAUAAUGCAUGGAGACAUUUCCACAGCCAAUAUCCUUUACCGUGAUGGUGUAGCCAAAAUCACUGAUUUUGGACUAGGUAAAGAAGAUGACAAAGAUGACUUGGCAACAUAUUCAGCUUACCAUACACCUGAGAGGAUGAAUGACGAUGCAAGGGCAAAGCCAGAUUGCAAGGCAGACAUCUUCAGCCUAGGGAUUAUACUGUUUGAGAUGCUCCAACCUUUCACAACAUAUGUAAAAGAUUUAAUUGCUAAGUUCCAUUUCGAGUACGAAAUCUUUAAUUGCUUCGAAUAUCUCAAAAUGUAA